AGUGACAGCAAUUCUCGGAGGUUGGGCAUCCUACUCCAAGCUGACAUCCAGCCAUGACGAUGACUGGGUGGAUCGGCUCAACCACUUGUACACCGUCAUUGUCUUGGUGAUAUUUGCAGUCUUCAUCAGCACCAGCCAGUUUGCUGGCAACCCCAUCGAAUGCUGGUGCCCCGCCCAUUUCACCGGCUCCUUUGUGGCCUAUACAAAGUCCUUCUGUUGGGUGAAGAACACCUACUAUAUUCCCAUGGAUACCCCGAUUCCGGUGGAAAAGGAGAACAGGAACACCGAGGAGCUCACCUACUACCAGUGGGUGCCAAUCAUUCUCCUCUUCAUGGCUUUUCUAUUCAAGUUUCCAGCUCUGAUCUGGAGGAUGUUGAACGGAGGGUCUGGCAUCAAUGUGGAUAAAAUUGUGACCCUGACUGAUGCUACCCAGAUUGGAUCAUCCGAGAAGAGAGAGGAGAUGGUUGGACAUAUUGCUUUCUACAUGGACAGAUGGCUGGAGGCACACCGACAGUAUCGGUGGAAUAUCCUGGUUCGCUUGCGUCAAAAAGCGUCUAGGUUCAUGUGCUUCUUCUGUGCAAAGAGAGAUGGCACUUAUCUAACAGGGCUGUACAUCUUUGUGAAAAUCAUGUACGUUGUCAAUGUGGUCACCCAGUUCUUCCUGCUCAAUGCUUUCAUGGGAGAGUGGUACAACAUGUAUGGUUUCGAAGUCCUCUCCGGCUUGGCAAAUGAUCACUACUGGAGAGAGUCUCCCAGGUUUCCCAGAAUCACUCUUUGCGAUUUCGAGAUCCGCCAGCUUCAGAACAUCCAGACCCACACGGUGCAGUGUGUGUUGCCAAUCAACAUGUUCAACGAAAAGAUCUUUAUCUUUCUCUGGUUUUGGUUCGUCUUUGUUGCCACCUGUACCUGCGGCAACUUCCUGUUCUGGAUCUGGCGUGCGUUGUUCCUCUCCAGCCGUGUGAGCUACGUCAAGAAGUACAUGAAACUCCUCGAUCAGAUCCACGGAGAAGAAGAUAAGAAGCUGGUUCAUCGGUUCGCUGACCAGUACCUCAGAGAUGACGGCGUGUUCAUCCUGCGACUGAUUGCCCGCAACACCAAUGACAUCCUGCUGUCCGACAUUAUACGCAAGUUGUGGAACGUGUACAAGGACAAGCCCAUCGUUAAGAAAAUCAUCCAACGACGACGACGCUAUAGACCGGCUCAACCACAUCUACACGGUCACCCUGCUCGUGGUACUCUCCAUUUUUGUCAGCGGCAAGCAGUAUGUGGGUAUGUAUGCCUCUCGGUCUCGGUAACUGGGCCCUGUUUUGAUCCGGCCAAACGGGAAUACGUGAGAACUUACUGUUGGCUAAAGAACACAUACAGAGUGAAGAAAUCACACCCUUUCCCUGUGGACAAAAGCCAACGUGUCGAAGAAGAAAUCGCCUACUACCAGUGGGUUCCCAUCAUUCUCCUGGUGAUGGCCAUCCUCUUCAAGCUACCCAACCUCCUAUGGAGAGUGUUCAGCUACAACUCUGGCAUGGACCUCAAUCAGGUGGCCUCCCUGGUGAUCAACAGUCAGCUGGGGCCUGCAGAUAAGUCCAAGGAAACCAUGAGGCAGGUUGCAG